AUGACCGGCGGCACCAGCGACACCGGGGCCCCGGAUGCCAUUGACCAGGCCACCCAGCACCGGUACCGGGUGUUCAAGAAAAACAGCCCGUACCUCUACGACUACCUCUGCACAAACUCGCUUUUGUGGCCGUCGUUGUCCGUGCAGUUUUUCCCCGAUCUCGAGGUGCCCGAUGCAAAUGCGCCCGGCGCCACCGUGCCCCCUCCGGCGGCCCCGAAACUGCAACUGUCCACGCAGCUUGCCCAUCAGAGAUUGCUCCUCGGCACGUUUACCUUGGGCCAGGCCGUGGACGCCAUCCACUUGUACCAGGUGCCGUACUACCGCAACUUGAACCGGUGCAUAAACACCGACCACUGGGCGUACAACUCCGAGAAGGAGGAGUUCGAGCUCCCGACGGUGUCGAAAACGAAGCCCCGGGUGCUCCAGCUGAUCAACCACCACGGCGACGUCAACAGGCUCCGGUACAUGCCGCAAAACCCGGACGUUUUGGCCAGCGCCAACAACGUGGGGGACUUGUCCGUGUACAACCGGACGAAACACGCCACCAUCCGCAAACUCGGCGAGGAGCUGAGGAUCAACGAGCCGCAGCUUCGCCUCGUCAACAGCAGUGGCGCGAGAGCCACCGAUAUCUUCGCCCUCGACUGGAACAGGCAGGCUCAGUCCGUGGUGGUCUCGGCGUCCAUGGACGGCCAGAUCAACGUCUUUGACGUGCAAGGAAACUACGCUGCUCGCAGCUCCGCCAACGUGAUUCACGAAACCUGGACGGCACAGCACGCGGCCGCGAUCAACGAUAUAGAGUGGGCGGCGAAGCACGACGCCGUGUUCUUGGCCGCGGACGACGCCGGGGCGCUUUCCGUGUUUGAUACGCGUGCUCCGGGCACGCCGCUCCAGACGCUGGCAGGCUCGGUGCCGAAAAACAGCGUCAGCAUCAAUCCCAGCAGCGACUUCUGUGUGGCCUCGGGCGACUCACAGGGCCAGAUCGAAGUAUGGGAUCUCCGGGCCUUGCUGCAAAGUGCCCGGGUGCUUCCGGCGCAUCUGGACGCCAUCACGCAGGUGAAGUGGCACCCGAGGUUCCCGGCCAUCCUAGGCUCGUCGUCGGCCGAUCGCCUGGUGAAGAUCUUCGAUAUGUCCGAGCCCGCCGACGCGCUCCUAUUCAGCCACGAGGGCCAUAUGCUUGGCGUCAACGACUUCGACUGGUCGUUGCACGAGGACUGGAUGGUGGCCAGUGUUGCCGACGACAACUCGCUUCACUUGUGGAAGCCCGCGCACCACGUGUUCAAGAAGCUCUACGCAGAGGGCCUACCAGGUAUAUAG